UGGACGCGUGCAGAGGGAAAUCCUCCUGGGUCUCUGCUCACAGCGGCCAUGCGGGGCGGUGAUGGCCUUUGCCGGGAGUGGUGCAACAGUAAUCAAUACUGGUUUGAGAUUGGACCCACUGACUUGUUCGAACGCAAGGGUUCCCUGACCCUCCGGUCCUAUCACAAGAAAUAUUCGAAGCCUGUGUUGGUGCAUUCCUGGCACCAUGAUAGAGAAGCUUUUCCCAAAGAUUAUGAUAUAGAGGGUCCUGAGAAAAUUAAAAAACUGUGUAAUUCAACAUAUUGCCGAUUAGGAACUGACGAACCUCCAAUUUGGAUAUCAGAAGCACAUGAACAGAUGUCACAAGUUUUAUUAAACAAAAGCUUUGUUGAAAUAAAGAGCAAGGCCUUAUUAAAUGAGGAAACAUUGUGCUCUGGGAUUAUUGAAAGGGACACAGGGCUGCCUGCAAGAGGCUUUGGGGCUGUUUUUACCAGACAUCCACCAGAUUGGGACAAAAUGUAUACAAUGACAACAUACUCUGAAGAUUAUGUUCCACCAUAUGAUUGUCCGCCACGUGAUUAUCUCUGUCAAGAUGAUUACUCAAUAGUCCACAGAAAAUGCCGUUCUCAGUUCACAGACCUAGAUGGUUCCAAAAGAUUUGGCAUCAACACUUGGCAUGAUGAGAGCGGGAUUUAUGCAAAUUCAGAUGUAAAACAAAAACUCUACUCAUUGACUGUUAGUCCUAUUGUGCCCUUUUUAAAAUAAUGUAUUGAAUCAGAUCUUUGGAUAAUGAAAGAAUAAUGGAUGUAACAGUUUGACGAUUGCCUAUCUUAAUAAAUGCAAUGGAAUUAGGUUCCUUUUAAACCCAAAUUCUUGUAUUCUAGACCAGUGUUAAUGUCUUUAUUUUCAUAAGUUACUUCGUCUUGUUCUCAAGUUAAGUAUGCAUACCAUUCAGGGCAUACCACAAAAUUCUAGAUGGUAUUUGGGGCAAUUUUACUUUAUUUUAUUUUGUUUUAUGUUCUGUGAGUUAUUUUAAUAUAAUAUAAUUUAAUAGGAUAAAUGGAUACAACCAGUUCAGUCAAGUUUAUGAUUGCCUAGUAGAUAGAUAAGUUUUUAAAAGUUUAAAGAUUUUUUUUCUUUUUUGAAAAACAUUUUGAUUGACACAGUAAUUGUACUUAUUUAUAUUUUACAGGAUGAUAUUUCAAUAUACAAUGGAUAACAAUUAAAUCAGGGUAGUUAGCAUUUCUAUCACCUCCAACAUUUAUUAUUUCUUUGUGCUGGGAACAUCUAUUUAGCCUUUUUGAAAUAUAUAAGAAACUGUUGUACUUACCUUUCCCUGCUUUCCUCCAGUUCCUGCACUCUUUUAGUAAUGCCUUUAUUAAAUGCUUCCCAAAUAGCUCAUAGUGGUAUGCUAUCUGCCUAUACCCCAAGACAGAAGAACUCUUAGAGAUCUAGUCUCAGAGCUGUCUGUUGAAUGUUGGCAUCCUUGGUUUCUCACACCACUAGCAAUGUCGACCCUCAGACUUUGACUGGGACCCCUGAUGUGCUGCUCUUUCCUCUCCAGCACCUCCAUCACUGGCUCCUCUUCCAUUUCCUACCUGUAAUUAGCGAGGUGUUUCCCUCGCUUCUCUUCUGUUUGGUUUUAGCUAUUACCUUUAUGUAGAACUGUGGUUUUGUUCUCUUAUUUACCAUGACACCCUUGAGAGAAAAUAUUCACAUGUCUGACACAAUGCCUUGAUGUUCCCAGAGUGUGAUGAGGUCCAAAGAAACUGGUUAGCAAGUAAAACAAUGCUCACGAUGGUUAAUUGUAUAUGUCAAAUUGUCUAAGCCACAGUGCCCAGAUAAUUAAAUAAUGUUUCCGCGAGGAUGUUUUGGGGUGAGAUGUAUUUUUAUUUUAUUUAUUUAUUUAUUUAUUUAUUUUUAUUGUAAACAA